AGGCGACGUCUUUGCCGCGGCUCGUUGCAGUGCACCUACAUCGCGGUUGAGCAAGCGGAGCGAACCUACGCCGUGGUCCUGAGCCGCCCGUCCUGGCUAUGGGGCGCAGAGAUGGGCGCCAACGAGCACGGGGUGUGCAUCGGGAACGAGGCCGUGUGGGGCCGCGAGGAGGUGUGCGGUGCCGAGGCGCUCCUGGGCAUGGAUCUCGUAAGGCUUGGACUUGAGAGAGCGGACACAGCUGAAAAGGCUCUUACUGUCAUAGUUGAUUUGCUAGAAAAAUACGGCCAGGGAGGAAACUGCAUGGAGAGCCACAUGGCCUUUACGUACCAUAACAGCUUUCUGAUAGCUGACAGAAAGGAAGCGUGGGUGCUGGAGACAUCAGGAAAACACUGGGCAGCAGAAAAAGUAGAAGGAGGUGUGCGGAAUAUUUCCAACCAGCUCUCUAUCACAACCAAGAUUGACAGAGAACAUCCGGAGAUGAAGGAAUAUGCCAAAAGCAAGGGCUGGUGGGAUGGGGAAAAGGAAUUUGAUUUUGCUGCCACGUAUUCUUAUGUAAAUACUGCUAGAAUGACUACAUCCAGAAGCCGCUAUUGUGAAGGCUACAAACUUCUGAACAAACAUAAAGGUGCUAUCACUUCUGAAACAAUGAUGGAAAUCCUUCGUGACAAAGAGAGUGGCAUUAAUAUGGAAGGUGGUUUUAUGACAACUGGAAGCAUGGUGUCUGUGUUGCCUCAGGACCCUAAUCUGCCAUGCAUUCACUUCUUUACAGGAACUCCAGACCCUGCAAGGUCUGUGUUCAAGCCUUUCAUAUUUGUGCCUGGAAUUACAGAGUUAUUAAAAACUAGCUCCCCUACAUUUGGUCCAGAUGAUCCAGUCAAGAAGCAGCCACGUUUUCAGAGUAAGCCAGAUCGAAGACAUGAGCUCUAUAAAAAACAUGAAAGUGCUGCUGUAGUUAUGGAAACUAUGAAGGGCAAAGGUAAAGAAAUGCUGGAAGAGAUACAGACGCUGGAGAAAAGGAAGAUGCGUGAAAUGAAAUCAAUUCUGCAAAACGGAUGUCCUGACACAAACCAACUGGUUAACCUUUUUUCUCAGUGUGUAGAUGAAGAACUCAAAAUAUAUGGUUAAAAUUACUGUUGAACGGAUCGCUUUUACAUUUACUUCUUCUAAUGGAGCGGCUCUAUAGAUUACCUCCUGUUUUCAAUAUACCAAUUAUUUAGUACAGACAGUUUUAAAGAUGCAGAUUUCUAUUCAGGCCAAACAGCUUUUGGUUGUAGGAAGCAAGGCAGAAAAGCCUCUCUAGAGCUAGGCAGUACCUUUGUAAGUGGCAAAAAGCUGUCAACAGGGACUGAUAUGCCAACAUACAGAUGCAAUUAGAAUUCAGUAGCUUGACUAAGUUGCAGAACAACCCCAUGUUGCACAUGUGUAUAAUCAAAUUAAUAACUGCAGCAGAAUUUCUCCUUGCCUGAAUUUCAAUGGCCAGGCUGGAAGACUGGCUAGGAUGUAGAAAGUAUUGCUUUCAUUGAACAAAAAGGAAAGUGGUAUGGUUAAGAAAGACUGAUGUUCAGCUUUUCGAUAAAUACUGUCUAGGGUACAUUUCGUAUAUUCUACUCCUUUAGCAUCGGAUGAGGCUAAGAACUUAAAUUAUACUGAAUCCAAAUCAUAACUUUGUCAUGAUUUCUUACGAAAUCUGAUUACUUGAAAUUCAACAAAGCAAGCAUCUUGCAAGUUACUGCACAAUUUUCACUUCCCUAUUUUUCCCACUGAUACCAAAAAUAAUUUAUUUACAUACAAUAUAAUUAUUUUAAAUUAAUUCUGUAAUACAUUUUAUAGUGUUGUGUGGAAGUUUUUUUUUUAAAAGGAAGCAUUUAAAGAAACUUUAUUGUAACCUUUUUGUUUGCUUAUUUUAAAUGAAGCAAUUGGAAAUGAAUAAGUCAGGGUACAUAAGUAUAUACAUAUACUCAAUGGAGCACUUAAAAGGACUCUCCAAAUUUUUUCAUUUUAUUCUAACCAUACCUUGUUAUGCUAAAAUUGCUAGACUAAGAAGUUGAUUUAAUGAAGCUUUUCCUGCUAAAAGCAGCGGUCAAGCUAUGACACUACUUUUAUUAACCAUAGCAAGGGAUAAAGAGAGCAAAAAAAAGAAGGAAGGUUCUGACUUUGCUAUGUGAUCAAGCAGGAUAAAAAUUACAAGUGGAAGGAAAAAAAUCUCAGUGCUUCUGUGGGCCUUCAGAAGAGAACAUGUAAAAUGAAAUGGAGCUUUGAAAUUACAGUGAUAGUAGGUGACAAGAUGCAGUAUCCCCACAGACCACAGAAAGACCAUUCCUUUGAGGAAUGCUUUAUAUUUCUCAGUUUCUGGAGUCAUCUCAGAUGUAAGAAAACUACACAAAGUUUUGAUAUUUUGCAAGCCAUUCUAUAUUCCCAGGGGAAAUAACAAUCCAGGCAGAUAUAAGAAAUACAUAUAAAAUGAGGUUUGUACUGCCAAACAAAUAAGAUGAAGAAAACUUGAUCAAAUUUGUUCUUUUUGAUUAACGUGCUGGUAGCAUGUUCAGAUCCACACCAAGAAUUGAAUGGGUCAGUAACAGUUCUUCAAAUUCCUAUAUAGAUCAUGUAUACAUAGAUCAUAUAUUGACUGAGUGGCAGUAACAAGACUGUCUAAGAAACUAAGCUUGAGUCAACUGUGAACCUUUUGUGCAUGUCUUACCAUCACCAUUUCUUAGAAAUUCAAUAGUAGAGUGGAUGUUCGUGAACUAGAUGGUAUAUUUAAUAAAAAUGUGCUGUGUUUACCCGUUUUCCUCAUGAA